AUGUAUUCCUCCUCACGAAGGCAAAGGAUCGAGGCUGACUUCGCCGUCGUACAGGGCGCCCAAUGUCUUCGUACGUGCAUUGAGUACAGCGGAAGUGUACUGAAAACUUAUGCAAGCACCCAGUUUGACGUGACGGUCGACGACAAAGCUGCCGGGCGCAUCACGUUCAAGCUGUACGACGACGUCGUGCCCAAGACGGCGCAGAACUUCCGCGAGCUGGCGACGGGGAAGCACGGCUUUGGCUACGCGGGGAGCAUCUUCCACCGCAUUAUCCCUGCGUUCAUGAUCCAGGGCGGCGACUUCACGAACUUCAACGGCACGGGCGGCAAGUCCAUCUACGGCGCGAAGUUCAAUGACGAGAACUUCAAGAUCAAGCACACGCGCCCUGGUCUGCUUUCCAUGGCGAACGCUGGCCCGAACACCAACGGCUCGCAGUUUUUCAUCACCACUGUGCCUACUCCCUGGCUCGACGGUCGCCACGUCGUCUUCGGCGAGGUCGUUGAGGGCAUGGACGUCGUCAAGGACAUCGAGAGCAAGGGCUCCAACAGCGGCACGCCGCAGGCUCGCGUCGCCAUCAGCGCCAGUGGCGAGGCCUAAGCCCGCCCUCGUUCUGUAGGCGUCGUCGCCAAAAGGCUCGCCAUGUAGUACUUUACCGUGGUGUAAUGACCAGUAAUCACGACUCGCUGCUCUUAGGGUGCGCCUCAACUGAGCAGGUACGCUGAGAGGCUCGAUCUGUG